AUGAGCGAUGCCAUUGAAGCGCGUUCGCGGCGCAUGCUCAAGCACAUCACAGCGCUGCAGUCGAUCGGACUAGCACGCGCCGCAGCCCAUCACAUUGCCACAGUGCACCAUGCUCACCGUGAUGCUGCUGCUGCUGAUGCGGCUGAUGCUCUCUCAGCGCCCAAGUCGUCCACGUCCACGUCCUCGUCCUCCUCGUCGCCCUCCGUCACAGCUCACCCAGCUCAGCCAGUUGCGCAGGGUGCUGCUGCCCAUCGUCGUCCUGUUGCUGCUGCUGGGUCUGCCGUCUCGUCGGCGUUGACGUCCUUGUCCGAGUCGCUCACGUCGCUCACGUCGCUCACGUCGAUUGUGCGCGCAAUCGUCCAGCAUGGAAGCACGCUGUCCAACGCAGGGGCGUCCUCCUCCUCAGGCUCAUCGUCAGCGUUGCCGUCUGGUUUAUCGUCGUCAUUGGCGUCUGGCUCAUCGUCCGAGUCGGAGGCGCACCACGUCGAGGCAGCCUCGCUCAAGACACUGCCGUCAUCGCCGGGAUCGUUCGCGCCGUCACUCUGGCUGCAAGCAUCGUCAUCCUCAUUGCCAGGGCCGUCAUCGUCGUUGGCCUCAGCAUCUUCCACGUUGCCGCCGUCCGCUUCGUCCUCGUCCACCUCGUCCCCUGCCGGCACGGCGACCAUCCCAUCGCCAAGUGACCUCGAUGCGGUUGGCGAUUCUCCACAGCUACAACGGCUGAUUGAGGCUGUUGCUCGAUUGUCUGCGCCGAACGCGGGAUCUGCCGAGGACGACCAGAUUGCUUCCAACGCUUCCGUUCAAGCGGUGAUUGAGCUCCUCACCGCUUCGAUCGACGCCAACGCGCCCUGUCUCACCCAGCGCGUCAUCGGACCCAUGCCACUCAAUCAAAGCCACGACGACGUGCAGGACAUGCGGUUGCGCAUCACCAUCUUGCUCGCCGCAGCAAAGACGUGCACGCUGCUCUGGGAGUCCAUUUUCAAGAGCGCCCUCGCAUUCACCCUGCCCCUCGAGCGCCAUGUCGACUACUGGAAUGACAAGCAGGCAAACCCCUGGUUUUAUUACGCCCAAGUGCUUCCUGCCACGAUUUUUGGCUUUGGUCGCACGUUGCGGCGCAACUGGACGUUUGCGCGGAUUGUGCACGAGCUGCUGUUGUCCCCAUUCUACAAGCUUCACCAACACCAUGCCGUCAUUCACCAAACGAAGCGAGAGCACAUUGUGCUUUUGGGCCGUCUGUCCCAAUGGCGACGCGCUCUCAAAUCGAGCGAAUGGGAAGCAGCCGGUAGCCUCGAUCACGAGACUCGUUCUGCUCCCGAAAGCAGCCCACACCAGCGUGCAUUCUCGCAGGAGCAGCGCGCCUUGUGCACACUGCUCGGUCGCUUCUGCACGGACUUUGCAGCCCUUCUCACGGAUGCGCUGACGGACGGACAUACAGAACAGCGACAAAAGGCCGCUGACAUGACAUACGGCGAUUUGGUGGAUGCCAUCAUCAACCUGCCAAAGCUCGCUGAAGGGUACCGCGCGCGAGCGCAUGCCACACUGGUGACACACGGGAUGCCCAGCGUGCUUCUGCGCUAUUGGAUUCCCACCGCAGUUGGCACCGUGGCCGCUUUUGCGGGGAUGCGCACGUGGCACGCGCGGCGAGAAGACUUCUUCCGCUGGGCUUUGGAGGCGAAAGAAACGGCCGUCCGCUUUGCCACUGACUGGUUGUGGCGGCCAGUCCAGCGCAUCUACGAAACGGUGCGCUACGACGAAAACCAGAUGGCCUUGAUUAGCACCAAGUCGCUGCAAAACGACCUCGACUCGCUCGAGCGCAUGGUGCAAGAUUUCGCUGCAGACCAGUUGCUCAUCGACCAAGAAGCGCUCAGUCGGCUUGGUCAAAACGCCCGUGAAGGCGAUCUCUCGGUUGUCAUGCGGGAGUAUGAAAACAACAUCCGAACGCCGUACAAGAGUCUCGUUUUUGGAAAUCUGGUCCGCACGGCCCUCAUCCAGGUGCAACGGACCAAGGUGGAUUUAGAAACAGCAAUGACGUCGAUCGACAAGCUCAUGAAGUCGAACGAGUUGAACUUUCAAGUGCUCACGGCCGUCCCAACAUUUGCGCUUGUGCGACUCGGCUACAUCAAAAUCAAAAAUUCCCUCCUGCGCCGCGCAGGGCUUCCCCGUCGCUUUGUCAACAAGGAGAUUCGCAAACACCUUCGGCAAGUGGAAAUCCACCUCAACCGCAGCAACAUGCCAGAUGGCGUGAUUCCGUUUGAAGACGAGGGCAGUAUUAUCGUCUCGUUGCAUCUGUUGCACUCGUGGGCAGAUGAAAUCAACUCGCCAGAGUUUGCCGCGGAUCUGCGCGAAAUUGAAUCAUUCGACGAGCAGCAAGUUGGCCAGCGCAUGGCUGUGGUCAACCGGAUGUACCGCACGCAUGCAUUCCUUCUACCCAGCUCCCUCUGA